AUGUCUUCAACCACCAUAUUACCUUACGACGAUGUAACCAUUGCGCCAUUGGUUCUUUUGUCGGUUUUAGAUCAUUAUCAACGUUUAGAAGUUGCAGAAGGUGAGAGAUGUGUUGGUGUCAUUUUAGGUGACAGUACAUCAAAGACGAUAAAAGUCACCAAUUCAUUUGCAUUACCUUUCGAAGAAGAUCCUAAAAAUUCAGAGGUUUGGUUUCUUGACCACAAUUACAUCGAAAAUAUGAAUGAAAUGUUUAAAAAGAUCAAUGCGAAGGAGAAAUUGAUUGGCUGGUACCAUAGUGGUCCAAAAUUAAGAUCCUCGGAUUUGAAAAUCAACGAUUUGUUUAAGAAGUACACUAAUGGUAACCCAUUGCUAUUAAUUGUCGAUGUCAAACAAGAAGGUGUUGGUCUUCCAACUAGUGCAUAUGUUUCCGUUGAACAAGUCAAAGACGAUGGUACAUCUACAGAAAAGACUUUCCUACAUUUGCCCUGUAACAUUGAGGCUGAAGAAGCAGAAGAAAUUGGUGUAGAACAUCUUUUGAGGGAUGUAAGAGAUCAAGCUGCCGGUGGACUGUCUAUAAGAUUGACCAACCAAUUGAAGUCUUUAAAGGGUUUACAAAGAAAAUUAAGUGAUAUUGUCAACUAUUUGAAUAAAGUCAUCAAUAAAGAAUUGCCAAUCAACCACGUCAUUUUAGGUAAGUUACAAGAUGUCUUCAAUUUACUACCUAAUCUGGGUGAUCCUCACGAAGAUCUUCUGGGUUUGAACACUGCCAGUGGUAACAAUAACGCCAACAGUGAAUUAAUCAAGUCUUCUAAUAAUUUACAAAAGGCUUUAACCGUAAAGACUAAUGAUGAAUUGAUGGUUAUAUAUAUAGGCAAUUUGGUUAGAGCAAUUAUUGCAUUUGACGAUCUCAUUGAAAAUAAGAUACAUAACAAACAAUUACAGGAAAAGAGCAAACUAGAAUUCAAUGAAAAUGCAGAAGAAGAGAAAAAAAAAGCUGAGCUCGCUGAUGAAAAGAAGAAAGUAGCCUAA